GCUCCAGAGGCGUUACCGUCACAUCGCCAAGUACUCACAAUCGGUUACGGGCAGAAUGGCACGUUGGCGUGUUCUGUGGACGCGAAUCCCAAGCCGAAUGUCUACACAUGGUCCAAAAACGGCCACUUCAUUGCUACAACGACAGAGGAUACAUUAUUGAUUCGUGGCGAGAAAGACUCAGAUGGUGGAAUUUUCGGGUGUCAAGCGGAGAAUCCUGUGGGUAGAAGCUCGAUCAUUGAGACACAUGUGAUUAUCGCAGAGCCGCCAGCGUUUAUCACCCGUCCACCAGCAGAGCUUCGAGUGUUUGAAGGUGCACCAGUUGAUGUGACCUGUGAAGGUUUUGGAGAUCCGCUUCCAAUUGUUUAUUGGAGAAGAAUUUCCUCGGCCUCACUAUCCUUUCCAUCAGCUUCACAUAGCGACCAUGGAAUCUAUGACUGUGUUGUGAGCAACGCAGUUUCUACGAUAUCCACUUCGAUGAGUCUGAUUGUCGAGAGAACUCGUCCACAGGCUGCCGUGAUCGACAAAGUCGAAUGUGUUGGUGAUGAGGCAAUCGCUAUACAAUGGACUCCAGGUUUUAACGGCUCUUAUCCACAGUCGUUUGUUAUCCAUUACGUGUCCGAAGAGGAUUCAUCAGAGAAGACACUUCUGACGACGUCAACAUCAGCUACUAUCGGCGAUCUGAUAGCGUUCUCCAAGUAUCGAAUUCUGAUCGAAAGCCGAAACCAGAAAGGCUCGACAAAUUCAAGUGCUGUCGAGAAAUACGUCUGCUCCACCCUGCCAGCUCCUUCAAACGUUCAUCUGGUUGGCGAAUCGGAACUGCGAUGGGAUCCAGUGGAACAGCUCGAUCGUAUCGCGUCGAGUCACGGAGAAGUUUUGGAUCCAUUCUUUCGAAUGAGACCGGACUUUCGCAACGGCCAGUCGUUUCGCAUACGGAGCCUAAGACCGCCCUAUGAACCAAGCUUACCCAGCCGAUCAGUAGAUCUUGGAUCCAUCGUUUGCCCUUCGUCUUUCCAACCGCAUACAGAGACUCUCUACGAGCCAUCGGUCAACCUCAGCGACAAUGCGAAAUGUAAGCAAUGGCAGGGAUCAAGAGCAGAUUCUGAAUUACAAGAACAGUCUCAGGACAUGUUGGACUACUGUUAUGCUGAGGAGUCGACAAGUGCAGUAGAUGAUAUGCUACGCGAAAAAUAUAUGUACGGAGCAGAAGACGUGCCUGUUCAGUUGAUGAAUGAUCUACGAAUCGAACGUUUACGGCGUGAAUUCAAACAAUCUCAGCUGUGA